AUGGAUAUUGGGUUCAGUAAGAGCUUAAAUGUUGCCACAUUGUAUGUAAAGUAUGCAAAGAGCAGUGGAAGUGAUAUGUUAAUUGUAUUAAUUUAUGUUGGUGAUAUACUGAUAAUAGGAAACAAAGAAGCUGAAGUUGAAGAUAUCAAAGGCAGGAUGAGGUCUGUUUUUGAGAUGAGUGAUCUCGGGAAGAUGGCCUAUUUCUUAGGAAUGGAGGUGCACCAAUGGGAGCAAGUCAAUUAUCUUUCAAGAUUCAUGCAAACUCCAGUUGAGAAGCAUUUCAAAGGAGCAAAGAGGGUUGUUCGCUACAUCAAGGGUACAACUAACUAUGGAAUAAAUUAUGGUAAUGCUACAUCAGUGAAAUUACUUGGUUUUUCAAAUGGUGACUGGGCCGGAAAUGAUGAACAUAUGAAGAGCAUAUCAGGGAGUUGUUUUACUGUGGGAACUGGAGUAAUCACCUGGCGUUCAAAGAAACAAGGACUAGUGGCUCAAUCAACAGCAGAAGCUGAGUACAUUGGCCUUUUUAAGGCUAUCAAACAAGCUAUUUAG